AUGCCUGCCAUGCUAGAAGAUCCCUCUUCCUACAACCCCCCACCCCAAGCCCAUGUCCAAGCCGCGGGCUCUCUAAUAGCCCGACACACAACACUACCAAAAGCCAAUGGGGCCGGGAUCACUCUUUACCCGAUCACAGGUGGUCCGUCCAGCGUGCCAAAGGACCUGAUCAAAUUCCUGCAUGCGGAGUUCAGCGCGGAGAUCGAGCGCGGGUCCACGUAUCCCAUGGAACAGCCAAUGGAAUUAGAGCAAUUUGCCCAGUACUGGUUCGGUACAUUCUGUGUACUGGCUGUUCUGGAUGAGGCAAGUGUUGAGGGAUUGCAGGAGGGGAGGGACUGGGCGAGGGUUUGUUUGGGGACUUUCUAUAUCAAGCCUAAUUAUCCCGUACGAGGCCGCUGCUCGCACAUUUGCAAUGCAGGCUUCAUCACCACCGCUGCUUCGCGUGGCAAGGGCGUCGGACAGGCGAUGGGCGAGGCCUACCUGGAAUUUGCGCCGAAGCUGGGAUACAAGUACUCUGUCUUCAACCUGGUCUUCGCCAACAACCCAGCUUCGAUCCGUAUCUGGGAGAAAUUGGGCUUCAAUGUGAUCGGACGAGUGCCCAAGGCAGCUCGCCUUGCGAACAGCGAGGAAUUGGUUGAUGCUCUGAUUUUCGGACGGGAGCUGGGUCAGUAG